AUGUCUGGACAACCUCCCUCCAACCGGGACCCGAGGCAGGGAACAAGUGGACAAUCUGCCCAGAGGCAGACUCAGGGAUCAUCAAAGUCUGGGAAAGGCUCAUCUAGCUAUCUCCUGGAGGAGUGGUUGUGUAGGCGCGAGAGACAUGAGACGUGGGACUGGGAGAAGAAGGCGAAGCACAGAGCCGACAAGAAUACCAAGCUGUAA